AUGAUAAGAAAGGUAUACUCCUUGAGUGAGUUGACAGUUCCAGAAAUGACCGCUCUUUGCGGACUUCCUGUAAAGGUGCGGUUGAAGUCGCAUCCGCCAGUUGUAGGCAAUAUUUACACAAUUGAUCCGAUUUCGAAAUCCGUAGUUCUAAUACAGCAACUUCUCGACGGUUCAAAAAGUAUUGAGUUGGUAUUCGCACCGGAAGUGGUGGAUAUAACAUUAAUUACUGAAAAUGAGUCCUUGCCCGAUGGUUGUGUGAAAUAUGGACCGGAGGUCUUUGGUUGCUUGUCGUCGUUAUUUGUAACAACAGAACAAGAAAGUUUCUCAGCUAAAGAAGUGGAUUUAAGGAAACGGAGAUUAAUUCAUUGGUUGGAAGAAAACACUAUCGAAGUUGUUGAGCAAGAAGAUGGGACCUUGACCGUCUUUGGCUCCGUUCGGAUUUGCGAACCUUUUACCUCGCAGAAUUGUUAUUGCAGCGUCCCGCUGGUCCUGGCUCGUGUACGUAAGCUUAUCGAUGCAAUGCCUGCAGAUUAA